AUGUCGUCGAAACCUGAAGCUCUAUCUAGGCAGAUGACUACAGAGCAUAUCAUGAGUGCCAUCGAAGAUAUUCCAGUGAAAGCGUCUUCACUGUUGACCACUGAUAUUCCGAUGAGGAGAGCUAACUCAGCCGCCUCUCUACCAGGACAAACAAUGGACAACCGCGAUACUUCCAAGACAAAUGCAUCUUUUGAGAACUCAGCUUAUCCUUUGCAGGGAUCAGGUCAUCCUUCUGAGGGGUCAGAAUGUCAUUUGGAGGAGUCAGGAUGCCCAAAACAUGAACCAUUUCAAAACAUGGUUAUAGAUCAUCUUCAACUCUCCCAAGUUCUAUUCAAGGCGGGUGCUCUGAUGUACCUGCUCUUCCUAAUCAGAGUGCUCCAAAAGAUUUAUGCAAUGUUUCGGAGCCAACCCCUCACUGUUUCUGCUGGAAAUUUGACUCUCAGUGUUUUAUUGUUUCUUCUCAUCCAAUACCAUCUCCCAAAGCAAGCCCAACUCAGAGUGGUUCAUAAGUUCGAAAUUCCUCAAGUCGCAGUGGAUUCUAUCGUCUUCGUAGGGUCCUUUACAUGCGUGUCAUUUGUUUUGCAAGUGAUUCCCAUUGUCGGAGAGUUAGUAGCUUACUAG